AUGUCUGAGCCUCCUUAUGACCCUUAUAUCCCCGCUCCCUCCAAUGGAGCCCCCAGUAACGCCGGCGCGGGCGCUGCGCAGAAUGGCGAUCCCAGAACACGGGAAAUCGACAAAAAAAUCCAAGAGACGGUCGAUACGAUGCGAUCGAACAUCUUCAAGGUUUCCGAGCGUGGCGAACGUCUGGACUCCCUGCAAGACAAGACAGACAACCUGGCUGUAUCGGCCCAGGGUUUCCGCCGAGGCGCUAACCGUGUGAGGAAACAAAUGUGGUGGAAGGACAUGAAGAUGCGCGUAUGCCUAGUCAUCUGUGUCAUUCUUUUACUUGUAGUGAUUAUCGUCCCUGCCGGUAUGAUUCCCAUCCCAACCUCUCGCCGCACAAACAAGGCGACGAAUUAUGCUAACCAAUUUCUCCCAAUAGUUGUCACUAGCAAACACUAA